AUGGCCACGGAAACUUUCCUGUUCACCUCCGAGUCCGUGAACGAGGGACACCCGGACAAGCUUUGCGAUCAGGUGUCCGAUGCCGUUCUCGACGCGUGCCUGGAGCAAGACCCCGACAGCAAGGUGGCGUGCGAGACGUGCACCAAGACCAACAUGGUGAUGAUCUUUGGUGAGAUCACCACCAAGGCCAAGCUCGACUAUGAGAAGAUCGUGCGCGACACCGUCAGGAACAUCGGCUUCGUCUCCGACGACGUCGGCCUUGACUGCGACAAGUGCAAUGUUCUGAUCAACAUCGAGCAGCAGAGCCCCGACAUUGGGCAGGGCGUGCACGGCAUGGGCACCAAGAAGCCCGAGGAGAUCGGCGCGGGCGACCAGGGCCACAUGUUCGGCUAUGCCACCGACGAGACCCCUGAGCUCAUGCCGCUCACGCACGUGCUCGCCACGCAGCUGGGCGCGAAGCUCACGGAGGUGCGCAAGAACGGCGUGUGCCCGUGGCUGCGGCCCGACGGCAAGACGCAGGUGACCGUUGAGUACAAGAACGAGGGCGGCGCGAUGGUGCCGAUCCGCGUGCACACGGUGCUCAUCUCCACGCAGCACGACGAGACGGUCACCAACGAGAAGAUCGCGGCGGAUCUUAAGGAGCACGUGAUUAAGCCCGUGAUCCCCGCCAAGUACCUCGACGACAACACCAUCUUCCACCUCAACCCCUCCGGCCGCUUCGUCAUCGGCGGUCCCCACGGAGACGCCGGUCUCACCGGGCGGAAGAUCAUCAUCGACACGUACGGCGGGUGGGGCGCGCACGGAGGUGGUGCCUUCUCCGGGAAGGACCCCACCAAGGUGGAUCGUUCCGGCGCGUACGUCGCCCGCCAGGCCGCCAAGAGCAUCGUCGCUGCCGGCCUCGCCAGGCGCGCGCUCGUGCAGGUCUCUUACGCCAUCGGUGUGCCUGAGCCGCUGUCGAUCUUCGUGGACACGUACGGGACGGGCAAGAUCCCCGAUAAGGAGAUUCUCGAGCUAGUGAAGGAGGCGUUUGAUUUCCGGCCAGGCAUGAUCUCGAUCAACCUGGACCUGAAGAAGGGCGGCAACCAACGCUACCAGAAGACGGCCGCGUACGGCCACUUCGGCCGCGACGACCCCGACUUCACGUGGGAGGUGAUCAAGGAGCUCAAGCCCAAGACCGCUGCCUAG